UGAGUCGACAGAUGUAUCAGACACUGCACAGUUGGCAAUCAUGGUGAGAAUGGUAUUUAGCGACUUCAGUGUAAAAGAAGAGCUGCUGAAAGUAUUGCCUAUAAAAAGGCAAACAAAAGGUUGAGUCAGAGUCCUUGGUGUUGCAGUACACAAAGAGAACAGGCUGUGCUGACAUGCAGGGUGAAUUAUAUGAAAUAAAGUUUGCAACCCUGUUAUUUAUUAGGGGACUUAAUAGGUCAGAGAACUUUAGUCUUGCCUGUAACAUGCAUGAUGCCUGUGAUUUUGAUGAUGUUGUUUUCAAAUUUGGACAUCAGACGCUAUUCAUACAGCUGAAACAUAAGUCAAAUACUGAGAAGAAAAUAAAACAACAACAGCUUAUUUCGGAGAAGGGAAAUUUCAGCUUGGUGCGGUAUUUCAAGUCAUAUUGCGAAAUGAAAAAGAAGUUGGAAUAUAGUAAGGACCUUCAGUACUGUGGUACGUUUAAUGACUUUUCCUUUAUAGUGUAUACAAAUGCUGUAAUCUCCGAACGUUUAGGAAAUGAUGUUGACGAGACUGACUGGCACAAUAUUCUAAAGACAGGGGGAAGAUGUAUAUCUUUCAAUGAAGACAUUUCUCUGAUGAGGUGCAUCACAGAUUCAUCACAGUUGUCAGAUUUCAAGGAGUUCUUGUCUCGGCUGCUGUUCUUCACAGGCCAGGCAGCUCAGCAAGAACUUGAUGACCUGAUAAAUCAGGAACUGAAAUGUUUGUAUGGUACAAGUGUAGUAUAUAAUGAUUUUCUGGAACAGGUAAAGAAAUGGUGGCAGGAAAGAAAAUGUUUCCUCACAAAUGAAAAUCCUUUCUGGAAAAAAAUUUUUAAGGAUCGUAUUGACAACAUUUCAGAAAAGAUGCUUAAUGAAACUGAAGCUCUUUCUGUAAAAUUUAAAAAGGAUGAACACGCUUUAAUUCGAACUUACCGAAUAUUCAACCAGUUGCUGCAUGUAAUCCCUGAAGAUGGCAGUGAAUGUGUCAUACUCAGCUGUCUCAAGGUUCACCACAGCUUAUCAAAUGAGUCUCACCUCUUUGUAGAUGGCACAACCCUGCAAUCCCGUUGGGAAGAAGUUGUCGCUAUAUGGAGCAGAUUCUGUGACAUUCUUGUUGUAGUGGAGACUGGCGCUGUGGAUAUGGACACACUGGUUGGUAUUCUCCUCAAGAAUCCGAGCAAGAGGCUGGUUUUUGUAGCUGGAACUGUUGCCUGGAAUAAGCCGCAGCCAAGGUUUACAACAUUUCGUGAUCACGUAGCAAUAAGGCAGCUGGAUGAGGAAUCACAGGCUCAAAUAUUAGAUGCUUUGGUGCGUUUCCAGGGUUAUGAUGUAUCUCUUGGAGCAGUAACUGACGGCAACCAUGAGUUCGUGCCUGCUGAUAUCAUCGUACAGCUUUCGACACACAAGCUGGUAUUGGGAGAUGUUCUGACCGGUGAUUUAGAGUACUACAUACCUCGAACUUUACAACACACAGUCCAGGUUGUUAAGGAUCAAAUUCUGUUUCACAGAGCGACAGACUCAUCUGUGACGUUGGCUGUGAGUGGCUUGUCUUACCCUGAGCUGCAGCAGCUGAUGUCGACUGAUACAGAGAUGUCAGACCAGCGUGCUUUAGGGAAUGAUAAAUGUAAAAUAGAAGUUAUCAGUACAGAAGAUGAAUUUCUGAAGCUCACAGAGUCAUGUGAGACUGUUCAUUGGCUCCAUAGAGACGGGAAUGUAUUCAUAUGUAGACAAUCCUGGGGCAACAUGAGCUUAGUAUCAAAAUAUUUAAGUAAAUUUGAGAAUGUUGAAUCAGUAAUGGAUGUUCCUUAUAGUGUGACACUAGUGUCAGCUGAGCCAGGGAUGGGCAAGUCGACGCUCCUCACCCAUUUAGCACUAGGCACUAAAGAAGCUGAUCCUGCCACGUGGGUGAUCAGGGUGAACCUUACUGACUUCACCCAACAGCUGGUCAAAUUGAAAGAGACUUUACAGCCAUGUGAUGUGAUAGAAUUCCUACUCCAAGCUUCGAAAAUCAUAGAAAAAUGGAGACCUUUAUUUAAAUGGAAGUUGACAACACUGAAGAAUGUGUGUGUGUUGUUCGAUGGAUAUGAUGAGGUAAGUCCUACCCAUGCAAACAAAGUUGCUCUGAUGUUGAAGUUUCUUCAGGCAAACAGACUGCAGAAACUCUGGGUUACCACAAGGCCAGUGAUGAAGGAGAAACUAGAACGUGAACUGUCCACACGGUCUGUCACAUUGCAGCCAUUUUUGAUGUCUGACCAACGAAAUUUUCUGGAAAAAUUCUGGAAAAGGAGUAUGCCUGAUGUUGAGGAACAUAUUUUGAAUAACUUCAUAAAGAAGCUGCUUCAGUUGACUACAAAGAACUUCAGUGACAGAGACAGGCACUUCAUGGGAAUUCCCUUGCAGUCCAUGUUGCUGGCUGAGACAUUUGAGAAGAACUUGAGAACUUCUAGUGGUCUCCCACAAAAGUUUAACUUGUACCAGCUGUACAGUAAAUUUUUGGAGCGGAAACUUAAGAUUUUCUUUGACAAGAACGAUAUGGAUGUGACAAAACCUGUAGUGGGUGACUUUUACAACAAGCAUAAACAAGAGAUGAAAGAGAAUCAUAUGAUCUCUGCUCUCUUUAUGCUCUUGCCUCUUUCUGACAUAGAGAUGUUUCCUCAAUCAGAAAUCAUGACAAACAGUUUUAAGUCAUUUAUAGAUUCAGUACAAAAGGGCAAUGAGCAAACUGGAAUUAUCAAACAAAUUUUUGAAGGGAAACCCAUGUUCAUACAUAGGACUUUUGGUGAAUAUUUUUGUGCUCUUUGGUUUGCUGAGAAUUUUAAAAUUGUGCAAAGUUACGUGAAUAUAAAAAUAUUUGAUCCAAAUUUCCAAGUUGUCUGGAAUUUCUUCAACCAGAUUCUGGCUCAGAAGUUUCCCUUGCAUCUUGCUGUUCUGAGUGAGGAAAAGGUUUUGGUGGAUACUUUAUUGUCAGAAGAGAAUUUGGACGUGAACUCGCAGGAUGACGGUGGACGGACAGCCUUACAUCUUGCUGUGAUGAGUCUCAUUGAUGAUGAUAAUCGCAGAGUUGCGGACCAGAUCCAGAUCAUAACAGCUCUGCUGAGACAUGGAGCUGAUCCCAGUAUCAAGGAUAAGGUGUUGUGCUGGCCGCCACUCCGUAUAGCAGAGAGGAUCAGGGAGUGGUUGGUUGUUGACCUGUUAUUGAAACAAAUAGCUGACACGGAAGACCUAGUUCUUACUGCAGAGAGCAUUAAUAAUGAUGAUGAGAAAUAUAUACAGAAUGUAUUGAUAUUUGCAGCCAGACACGGCCUUGUGCACCUUGUAUCAUUCAUGUUGAAGCAUGGCAUAGAUGUCGGACAUGCCAUUAAUGUUCUAUAUGAAGACUCGGACUGUGCAGCUACCAUGUUACAUGAAGCUGCACAACAUGAUCAGGUGGAGUUGGUACAGUUCCUCCUUGACCGUAAUGCCAACACUGAAACACGUGACAGUCGAUAUGAGAGAAGUGCACUGAUGUGGGCGGCCAAGCAAGGUAAUUUUCGAGUUGUUGAUGUGUUAACAAAGAAAAACGCUGAUGUUAAUAUGUGUGACAUGCGUGGUUAUACUGCGUUACUCAUAGCAACUAAGAACAAACGUUGGGAUGUAGCUAAACUUCUGUUAGAGCGUGACGCAGAUGUCAGGGCUUGUGACUGGUCUGGGAGUAAUGUAUUGCACUUUGCUGCUGAUUCUGGUCAAACAGAAUUUGUGGCCUACUUACUGGAUAAGGGACAGAUUGAUAUUGAGUGUCAUAACAAGUACCAGCAGACUCCACUGUGGCUUGCUGCUCAGUCUGGUCGGUUACAAGUCUCACAAUUGUUGUUAGAUCGGAAUGCAAACUUGCACGUGCAGGAUUUGGCCGGAUGCACUCCCCUACAUGUAGCAGCUGCUAAUGGUCAUGAGCAUAUUGUGCAGUUGCUUCUGCAACAUGGUGCUAAUCCCAGUGCAGAUGAUGUGCACCACUAGAUGUAGCUUGUCUUUUGACAUCAGAAGUGGCUAAUCUCUUGGAAAAUAUGACCCAGUAAUCUUAACUAGUGUUAUACGAGGCGCGUCCUCAAAGUAAGUUUCCCACUCGUCCCACAGCUAGCAAACCUUAUAUUGCGCGAAGCGACUGUGCGUACGUGAUAGAGCA